AUGCCAUCCGCAUCUUCCCAGAUACUCAACCUCCUGAAUCCUGACAGAUGCCUCUGGAUUGCCAUUGGCAUUUUAGCUUCCUGUGUAGCCUACAAAACACAAUGCCAAUUCCAGGCUCUCAAAGCCCGCACUCGCGCUGCAACUAAGGACGCUCCACAGGAUGAGGCGGCAUAUGUGCCGAGCGGCAACAAUUUCAUCACUCUGAAAGCCAUCAUGUACUCACCAGAAGCCAGGCAAAGAUUAAGCCGCAGCCUGGAAGCAGCUGUCAGCAUCGAGGUAUUGACAGCGUUGUCGCGAAGCAACAAUCCAGUAAUCAGAGACCUGGUGGCAGUCAUUGUCCGUCAGAAAGUCGCCAGCCGUUCCUAUAUGUUCUAUCUCGCCCGGUGCAUCGAAUCCAGGCGCGGAUUUGACAGAAUAACGUCCCUGAUGGACUUGCGAUUUAUGAUUGUCCCCCACGCCCCUCCCAUAGAUCCUAGUUGUGGGGUCGCCCGCUUCGACCGGUACUGGUCGCCUCUCGUCCUCGAGUCCCUCCGCGACGCCUACGUUCUGGAGGCCGUAGUCAAGUCCCUCGUGAACACCCUCCUAAGCACCCUCUACGAGGGCCAAGAAGACCCCAUCGCAGUCAGACAUACGCUCUUCCUCCUCUCCGUGCUGAUGCAGUACUACAAGUACGCAACCGAGAUCGCCAUCUACCACAGUCUCAUCGAAUGGAUGCGACUUCUUCGGCGCAGGCGCGCCGUCGAGGAGGGCCUUCUCCUGUGGCUGACUCCGUGCAGGGGUGUUUUUGCGCCGCGUGGUAGGCUUGCGGAGUGUAUGCAGGACCGCAUGGGGUUUAAUGCCCUGCUUAUAGGGGAUUUUAUGAGCCGUGGGCCUGGGUCGCAUGAUGCGAGCCUGACGAGGUGCAUCGCGAUGAUUUUGCGGAUGCCGGGGGGGAGGGAGUUGAUGGUGGAGGCGGCGUUGUAUAGGAGCUAUGAGUGGUCCCGUGAUAUCUCCGAGUUGGACUCUGAGAAUGAAGAGGAUGAGGGGUAUGAGGAGAAUGAGGAAGAUGAGGAGGAUGAGGAGGAGUAUGAGGAGUAUGAAGAUGAGGGGUAG